GGGGUAGGUGUGUUUUUUAUUGCUCUUUGAUCCACAUUAUUUACGUUACACGAAAUUAUAUUAGAAUGUCGAUUUUUAAAGAUUUGUUAUCGUAAUUAUAGCUUGUGUGCUGUGUAGGUAAAUGAAAAGUUUAAUGAAGUGAACAAUUCUUUACCAAGUGUUAUGUGUUGUGACAGUGUUGUUUAUUAUCAUCACUUAAAACUUUAAAGAUGGAUAUAAAUACUAAAUAUUACGAAGGUUGCGGCCAAGAGGGACCUAUUCGAUGCAUAUUCUUAUGUGAGUUCCAUCCUACAGCCGGACCAAAGAUAACUUGCCAAGUGCCAGAUAACUACAUUUCCAAAGACAUUUUUGACACAGUUAGCCACUAUAUAAUACCAAAAGUUCAGUUGCAGCGAUGUACUUUGACAGUGACCUUACUGGGCUCCAAAAUCCUUGGGUUUCCUGUAAGAAUCGAUAACAAAAAGUAUGCAAGGAAUGCAUUCUACUUCAAUCUGUGCUUCGUAUGUGACGCUUGGGCAAGAACAGUGCACCUGGAGCCUCUAGUCAAGAAACUGACCGAGUAUCUUCUUUCUAUGGAGCUAGAGAGCGAAUGGCUAUCGAAGCAAUCGACUUCGGGCGAGGCUAAAGCACUGAGCGCUCUGAUGCGGCAGGUCAUGCAGGACAUCAACAGCCGACGGAUGUGCACCCUCACAGUGGGUACGACGACGACGCAUCUGACGGUGGUGCGUGUGAACAGCGACCCGGCCCCCGUGAAGGACCACCAGGUGCCCGUGUUCCUCUACAGCAGGCACUCUUUCGUAGCAGACCAGUGGGACCUCACUACCAACCAGAUCCUACCGUACAUAGACGGGUUUAACCACGUGUCCAAGAUAGCCGCCCUGACUGACGUGGAGAUCAGCCUAGUGCGCGCCUGCGUCCAGAACCUGGUCUACUACGGAGUUGUCACGCUGGUCCCCAUAUUCCAGUACUGCGCAGUGUACAGCGCAACUCCCAAGUUAAGGCAACUGACUAGGUGUCCGGGCCUACAACGACAGUGCAUAGAGUUCUGCGCCAGAUCAGCCCGUCAGCUACCGAAGGUGAGCGACUUAUUCCGCAUGUACGCGGGCAUGACGUACGGUAGCACCGUGCGCGACCUGUGCCGGCGCAUGCGGCCGCAAGAACUGGCCAUCAACGAGCGGAAACUGGUGCUCUUCGGUGUGCUGGAGGGGUUGAUACGGCGCGUCUACAAGUAUCCAAUUACCCUACAAAAUGAUGACGCGUCGUCGACUCUAAGCGAGCGCAGUCAGUCGCCGGCGCGACUUUAUACGGGGCUGACGUGUCUCGACGAGCUGUGCUGCCAGGGAGGCCUCUCGCAGCCGCAACUAGAAGAACAACUUGAGAAAGACACCAAUGUAGUCUACAUAGUCAAGUGAAUCGAGCGGUGAGCACGCAAAUUAUAUGUCUUACGAUCUAUUGGCACCAUACACAAUACUAAAAAUAUACAUUUGACGAAUUAUUGGUACCAUACACAGUACACAUCAUAAAUUUGGCUGGAUGAGCUGUGCUGCCAGAGUAAGUAUAAUCCAGCUGCAGAAUGAAAAACAUACAUAUGUCGCCCACAUUGUCAAGUGAAUGCAGCGGUUAGCACGCACAAACGUCUGCUGAAUUAUGUGCAGUUUGCACUAUUAAAAUAAUUAUAGGUAGACGAGAUGAACUGCCAGGGAGGCCUCUCGCCAGUCUCAGCUAGAAAAACAACUGGAGAAAGACUAAUGUCAUCUCUACAUAGUCAAGUGAAUCGCGAGCUAGCAAAUUUUUUUCAGUUGUAUAUAUGGUCUGUUUUGCAUGAUCGGCAUAUGACGAGAAAACAAUUAUUAAGCGUUUUCCUAAUGCCAAGUACUACAUAUAUGACAACAACAAGAAACAUUGUGUAUGUACUGUAUAUUAUAUGUGCAAAUGUUUAUUGCCGAUGACUUGUCCACGGCCAAGUCAUAUUUAUAUACAUAUUUUUAUUACUUAUUUUAUUCGUGUCAAAUUUCUAUGUAAAAUGAUAUAUUAAUGUACUCUUUUAGGCAUUCAUGUAAUAAACUUGUAAACAGACAUUCAAAUUGAAAUGCCUUUUGCCAAAAUUUAAACAUUUUUUUUAAGUUAAGGCCUUCUCAAUAUUCGGAUGCAUCAGCUAGAUUUCAGUAAAUUACUUGUUAAGGACUAACAUACUUUUUGUAUGACCGAUUUUUGUUUUUCUAUUGUUUUGUAUGACGUCUCCGUUGAUUGGAAUAUAGACUUAAUACUGAUCUCAAUAUAAAAGUACGAUGCAAACUGAAUGGCGGCAGUUGACGCAAGUGAAGUUAACGCAAGUCGCGCAGCAGUAAACGAAAUUAAAGUGUGUGCGGUAUAUUUAUUUAAACACCAAGUGUAUAGAUGAGCGUUCAAUGCGACCAAGUUAUUGUUGCACUUUGAGGAGCUGCUGGUGAAAUAAGGAUUAAAUAAGUACGUAAAAUCUCCUGACUUAAGGAAUAUUAUAAUUUGCAUUAACUCGAAAAGAGUAAUAAGAAAUAUAAAAGUCUUAUUUACACCUGCGAAUACGAAUAAAAAGGCUUAUUAAAAUUUGUACCUUAAAUUUUCACCUUAGAUUUCAGCUACGCACCCUCAAAAUCUUGUUUGGUUGCACUUUAUUUACGCUUGCUGCUAACUUCACGCUAUUCAAAAUCGCAUACCGAUUAAUUAUUUGAAGUGUGUGAAUACCGUCCGUGUAAACAUGAGAAGACCUUAACUGAUGUUUAGAUGAAGAAAUUUUUGAGUAUUUCGAGUAGAUAUAAAUAAAUGCAUGUAUAAAACUUGCGGCUAACGUCAUAUUAUAUUGACCUAUUUGUUUUGUUUAUUUUUUUGUCUUUUGAUGAGACAUGUUUGUUGAAUUUUAUAAUAGAAAAUUAAAGAGUC